CACGAUCAGUGCUGCUGUCUACCGCACGCUCGCACGCACACGCGCGCGCGCGCGCGCACGCACACACGCACACACACACACACACACGCAGUCCUCCGCACCACGAGGAUCAUGGACGAGGAAAGGAUCAAGCUUUAUCUUUCGCGUGAACGAAAACAAGGAGAAAGGAAAACAUUACGGGCCAAAGGAUCGUAAGAAUAGUUUAGUUUCGAUUAUCUAAUUGGUAAUCAUGUGCAAAUAGUAGUGACGAAGGCAGAUGAACGAUAACGGUAUAGAAUAUCAUGAAAACGAAGAGAAAGCAGAAUGUAUUACGAGUCCCGCGUUCCAUAACUUGACAGAAACCAUUUCCACGGAAUUGAUCGCAUUCGAAGACAAGGCUGUAUACGGAUAUGGGACGAGCAUUCCACCGAAUAACAAUGAGAUGGAUGAGAACGAGGAGACCUCGUCGAGGAAGGUGAUCUUUUGCGUGCACGGCAAGCUUUCUGGCUGUUGUACGGUUGUGAAGGGCGGUGCUACAUCGGUCGAUGAAACUACCGAAACAGCCGCAACUGCAGUUACUAUCACCGGUACCGGCAUCGGCGGAGCCGAUUUUCAACAAACUCCUUCCACUGUACCAGAAGACCAUUGUCAUAGGGAAAGAGACGAAGAGAUCGAUAAAAAGGCAAGGAAGAAAUUACUACUUGCUAGUACGCUAUGCGUAAUGUUUAUGAUAGCAGAAAUCGUAGGCGGAGUAUUAUCGAAUAGUUUGGCGAUCGCAACAGAUGCUGCACAUCUAUUAACCGAUUUUGCAUCGUUUAUGAUCUCUUUAUUCUCGAUAUGGGUAGCAAGUAGACCGGCCACGAAAAAAAUGCCUUUUGGAUGGUAUCGAGCGGAAGUGAUAGGAGCCUUGACGUCGGUUUUACUAAUAUGGGUAGUUACUGGAAUUCUUUUUUAUCUGGCAGUCGAGAGAAUAAUUCACAAAAGUUUCGAACUAGAUACCACCGUCAUGUUGAUUACCUCUGGCGUUGGCGUUGCGGUAAAUCUAGUAAUGGGUUUAUCGCUACAUGAACACGGCCAUAGUCAUGGACACGGUUUAGACAAGCCGAAUCGAAAUAUAGACAGCGAGAGACUCGAUGAGGAAAAUAUAUCCCACAACAGGAAAAAUAUCAACGUUCGCGCUGCUUUUAUUCACGUUUUAGGAGACUUCAUACAAAGUAUAGGGGUUUUUGUUGCAGCAUUGGUUAUUUAUUUCAAGCCAAGCUGGAGCAUAGUCGAUCCAAUUUGCACUUUCCUCUUUUCACUGUUGGUGAUAUUAACCACGGUUGCAAUAAUCAAAGACGUGAUGAACGUUUUAAUGGAAGGGAUUCCAAAAGGAUUUGAAUAUUCCCAAGUGGAGAGUACAUUUAUGCAAAUCGAAGGUGUGAUGAAGGUGCACAAUCUUCGUAUCUGGGCGCUUUCGCUGGAUAAAACCGCGUUAUCCGCGCAUCUUGCGAUAAAACCAGGUGCGAGUCCUCACAAUAUACUGCGUACUGCUACUAGAAAUAUCCACGAUAAGUACAAAUUUUUCGAAAUGACGCUUCAAAUAGAGGAAUUUGAUGAACGAAUGGAAAAUUGUAAACAAUGCAAGGCAUUAUCGCAAUAGUUGUAAAUUUUUUGAGUUACAUAUACUUUUGAGCUACCCUUCAGUGUUUAUACACAUGAAGUUGGACUAUAAGAGAUUCGCACGAUUUGUAAAUAGCUCAAUGUAUUGAAAACGGAAGCAACCUGCUGUUUCAAGUAUACAUUCUAUCGCGAUUAAAAAAUCUAUAGGGAAGAUAUUUUAACCUCGCAAAGGAUGUCAAUUACUUACAAACAUUGCAAUCGAUACAACGAUUUAUUCA